ACAAUAAGGAACUCACCAUCCACCAAUCUAGCUUUUUCUAGGGUUUUGGACGGUAGCAGUAUCUUGAGAGUUUGUAGAGAGACAUGGACCUAAUGAAUAGGUUAACAGAUGACUUGCUGGUCAAGAUAUUAUCGUUUCUCCCCACAAAAGUUGCAAUCUCCACCAGCAUCUUGUCUAAACGAUGGGAGUGUCUUUGGAUGUGGUUACCAAAACUCGAGUAUAUUAGCAGAUGUUUUGAAUGCAAGGGUUUCAAGUCCGAAUACGAGAGUUCACUACGGUGUUUUCUUGACAGAAGCAUACCAUUACAUAGAGCUUCGGUCAUCGAAAGCCUCCGCCUCGAUUUAGCUUAUUCAGGUUGUAAAGCUGAAGAUAUCAAACUGUGGAUUGUAAUCGCAGUUUCUCGCUUCUUACGCGAGCUUGAAGUUUGUUAUCUUGAUCAUCUGGACAAGAACAACAUAUUACCAAGUAGCUUGUACGCCUCUAAAUCUCUAGUGACUUUGAAACUUAGCGGCAACAUUCGCUUGGAUGUUCCUCGUAUGGUUGGUCUUCCCUCUCUGAAAACUUUGCAACUUCGACAUCUGAAGCUCUUAGAUGGACAAUCUUUUCGAAAGCUCCUAUCUAUCUGUCCUGUUCUUGAAAAUCUGUCGGUCAUGCUCUAUGGUGGUUAUGUCAAUAUGGGAAAGAUCACGGUUAUCAUCCCCUCUUUGCUAAGUUUAUCACUAGAAAUACCUUCUACUGGUCUUCAAUAUGGUCUUGUAGAUGGUUUAGUGAUAGAUACCCCGUCUUUGAAGUAUUUGAAGCUUGAGGAUUAUGAUAAUAAUAAUCACUCUUGUCUUAUUGAGGAUAUGCCUCAGGUGGAGGAGGCAUAUCUAGAUGUUAAGUGUCCUGAUAUUGAGAGACUUAUAGGAUCAAUCACAUCCGUCAAGCGGCUUACCUUAUCUUUGGAGGCUAUAUAUCAUGGCAGGUUUGUUUUCGACCAGCUUGAGCAUUUGGAGCUAUGCGUAAGCACUGAUUGUGCGUCUAGUCUCCUUGUCCGGUUACUCGAAGAUUCUCCUAACUUACGAGAGCUAGACCUCUAUGAAAUGGAUCAUAAAAAGGGUUAUAUGGCUUCGUGGAAUCAACCGGACACUGUUCCCAAAUGUAUUAUGUCGAGUUUGCAAACUUUCAGCUGGUCAGGGUACUGUGGAAUACCACAAGACAAAGAUAUUGUGGUUUACAUCUUGACAAAUGCUUGUCAAUUGAAGACUGCAACAAUCUCGUCUGACGAUAUUUAUACUCCAAAGUAUGAGAUGAUAAAGGAGUUGUCACUUUCCUACCGAGCAUCGGCCACAUGCCGACUCGUAUUUGAUUAAGGAUCUUUUUAUUUUUUAGAUUGUUUUCGUUUAGAGUUAUUCUUGGGUUCACCAACCAAUAGAAACUUGUUAUCUUA